AUCAGUGGCUAUGAUAAUUCAAUCAUUAAAGAGAGGGCUAAUAUGAAAGUACGGAUCUGUAUAUCAUAUAUCUGCAAAAUUUUUGCUCUGACUGCCAAAAUAAAGGCCACUGUUCUGUUUGUGAGCAUCUGAAGUGAAGUGUUGAGUGUUUGUGAGCAUCUGAAGUGAAGUGUUAAGUGUUAACUGAGCUGUUUCUGUGUUUCCUUUUCCUCUCCAGUUCAAAAUGAUUACCUGGGAUCAUUUGAGUUAAAACCAUAGAUGCAAUGUGAGUGAGAAACCAUUUGAAUUGAGUUGCAAAAUGGACUCAAGAGAAAGGAAUGAUUUUGAAGAAUCUGAUUGCAAAAGCAGAAUCUGGGCCUUGGAUCAGAAGCUGGAUCAGUCCAUGGAUGCAGAAGCCUUGAAGCUUAAGAACAAAUAUGAGGAAAAGAGAUCUUCCACCUCAUUGAUUUUGCGCCUCGCAUUCCAAAGCCUUGGCGUAGUCUAUGGAGAUCUAGGCACUUCUCCCUUGUAUGUCUUCUACAAUACAUUUCCUGAUGGAAUUGAAGAUCCAGAGGAUGUGAUUGGGGCUUUGUCAUUGAUUAUAUAUUCCCUAACUCUUAUUCCGCUUUUGAAGUAUGUUUUUAUUGUUUGCAGAGCAAAUGACAAUGGUCAAGGUGGAACAUUUGCUCUUUACUCACUACUUUGCCGACAUGCUAAAGUAAAGACUAUUCCUAACCAAGAUCACACUGAUGAAGAGCUGACAACAUACAGCCGCUCAAAAAUUCAUGAACAAUCAUUUGCUGCAAAGACCAAGAGAUGGUUGGAGGGACGUACAAUCUGGAAGAAUGCACUUCUUGUUCUUGUUCUUGUUGGCUCCUCCAUGGUUAUUGGAGAUGGAAUUCUCACUCCUGCUAUAUCAGUACUAUCAGCAGUUGAAGGAAUUAAAUUAGACCACCCCAAGAUGACCAGUGAUGUAGUUGUUUUUGUUGCUGUUGUGAUAUUAGUAGGCUUGUUUUGCAUGCAACACCACGGUAUAGAUAGGGUUGGUUGGCUCUUUGCCCCUAUUGUGCUACUCUGGCUUCUCUUGAUUGGAGGCAUUGGUAUAUUCAACAUUUGGAAAUAUGAUAAAGGCGUUUUGAAAGCUUUUUCACCUGUGUACAUAUAUCGUUAUUUCAAAAGGGGAGGUAGAAACAGUUGGCUCUCCCUUGGGGGCAUUAUGCUUAGUAUAACAGGAACAGAGGCCCUUUUUGCUGACCUCUCCCAUUUUCCAGUAUUGGCUAUACAGAUUGCAUUUACAGCAAUUGUUUUUCCAUGCCUUAUUUUCGCUUAUUCUGGCCAAGCUGCUUAUCUUAUGAAAAACUCAAAUAAUGUAGCUGAAGCAUUUUAUCGUUCUAUUCCAGAUAGCAUAUAUUGGCCAGUGCUUCUUGUUGCAACUGCUGCUGCUGUUGUUGCAAGUCAAGCAACUAUAUCUGCAACUUUUUCAUUAAUCAAACAGGCUCUUUCACUUGACUGUUUUCCAAGAGUUAAAAUUGUGCAUACAUCAAAAAGGUUCCUUAGUUGGAUAUACAUUCCAGACAUAAAUUGGAUCCUUAUGAUUCUUUGUGUUUCAGUGACAGCUGGGUUUAAAAAUCAAAGCCAAAUUGGAAAUGCAUCUGGGACUGCUGUUGUGAUUGUCAUGCUGGUGACCACAUUGCUUAUGAUUCUAAUCAUGCUAUUAGUCUGGCGGUGCCAUUGGAUGCUUGUCCUGAUUUUCACUAUUUUGUCAUUCAUAGUGGAGGGCACUUAUUUUUCUUCUGUACUCUGCAAGGUUAAUCAAGGUGGUUGGGUUCCCCUAGUAAUUGCAGCAGCAUUUUUUAUCAUCAUGUAUGCAUGGCACUAUGGUACUCUGAAGCGCUACGAGUUUGAAAUGCAUAGUAAGGUUUCAAUGGCAUGGCUUCUUGGACUCGGUCCGAGUUUAGGACUAGUUCGUGUCCCUGGAAUUGGUUUUGUGUACACCGAGCUAGCCAGAGGGGUACCCCACAUCUUUUCCCACUUCAUCACCAACCUACCUGCCAUCCAUUCUGUAGUUGUUUUUGUUUGUGUGAAGUAUUUGCCUGUCUACACAGUCAGAGAAGAAGAGAGAUUUCUUAUAAGGCGGAUAGGACCAAGGGAUUUCCGAAUGUUCCGUUGUGUUGCAAGAUAUGGAUAUAAAGAUCUCCAUAAGAAAGAUGAAGAAUUUGAGAAGAGACUCUUCGAUCACCUUUUCACAUUCGUCCGCCUGGAAUCUAUGAUGGAAGACUGUUCAGACUCUGAUGACUAUAGUGUAGAUGACCAGCAAACCGAGCCGUUGCAACAUUGUAAUCAUAAUGGUAAUGGAGUUUCAUCCAAUAUGAAUGCAACAGUCUCAUCCGGAGAUUCGAUCGAGACUCUUAAUUCUCCGGCUAAUGCAAAUGCAAUCAGGCCAAGUCAACCGAGCAAUCUGACUGCAAUCGAUGAGUUGGAGUUUUUAAGCAAUUGUCGAGAUGCGGGAGUAGUGCAUAUUCUGGGGAAUACAGUGGUGACAACAAGCAGGGAUUCAAAGUUUUACAAGAAGAUAGCCAUUGAUUAUAUAUAUGCUUUUCUUAGGAAGAUUUGCAGGGGAAGUAGUGCAGUAUUCAAUGUUCCUCAUGAAAAUCUCUUAAAUGUUGGACAAAUAAUUCGGGUAUAAUACUUUUGCAGCCAUUUGGGAAUGAAUAACAAAAAGAUGAGAUCAAUAUAUUUCGAUAUUAAUAGUGAUUUUGGUAACAGAUUUUUUAACCA